AUGAAUAGCACUAUUCAUUAUCAUCAUCGACAUCAAGCAACAUUAUCUAAUCGUGAAUGUUUGAUAUGUGGUUCAAAAGCAAUCGGUAUUAAUUUCGGUGUACCAACCUGUGCUCCAUGUAAAGGUAUGAAACUUUUUGAUUUACCUUGUCAUCAUUCUGAUACAAAGUUAUUGAAAGAAAAAAAUAUUACUAUGAUUGAUAAAACAAUUCGCUAUUUUCAAAUUCGUCGAUGUUCAUCAUGUCGUUUACAUCGUUGUUUUGAAGUAGCCAUGAAAGAAGAUUUAAUUCGAACAGAUGAAGAAAAUAGACAACAUAAACAACUUGUUGAUAGUAAUCGAAUACAACGAACUUUGAUAAAACAACGACAACAAAAAAAGCAAUCAUCUAUUGUUCAGCAUAUUGUGAAUAAUAAUGAUUUAGUAAGUAGGAUAGAUUGGCGUCAUUUGUCAAAUAUUGUGUAUGCUUAUGACACAUGCUGUGUUAAACUUUAUCUUGAACAACGUGUAAAUAUGUUUACUCAUGGUAUAUCACAAAAAGAACUACUAAUGAAAAACUAUGGAUUAUUACCAAUAGGUUUAACCAUUUCGCUUACUUCAUUUCUCAGAUCACUACCCGUUUUUCAAUCUCUUUCACGAAGUAAUCAAUCAUUUUUAUGUAAAAAUAACAUUCGUCCAUUGAUCUUUAUUAAUUUUCAUGAACUCAAUCAAUCAUGUUUUUCUGAACCAUGCCAGAUAGUUGCCUAUAAAUCUAUUAUGGAAUUUAUCUGUGGUCCAGAACUAUAUAAACAAUUUGCUCACAUUGAAAACUUAGCUGAAAAAUUAAUGAUAGCUGAUCCAAUAAUAACACGUCUUUGGAUUAUUGUAUUAUUUUUUUCUACACCUCUUUUUUCUUAUUAUGAUUCAAAAUCAAAAAAAAUAAAAGUGAAGAAAAAGUUACCUUUUAUUGAUAUUCAAAAUACGUAUGCAACUCUUUUGUGGAUAUAUUUAUUAUAUCGUCAUGGUCCUCUGGAAUCAGUUCGAAUUUAUUCGAAUGUCAUUCGAAUCUUUUUAAAUAUGUUACGUGUUGGAAUUGAUAUUCAUAUGAGAUUACGAAUGGAAAAAUAUUUAAUAUCAAUAGAUACAACGCUCGAUGAAUUAGUACAACUUGAUAUUAAUACGGAUCAAUAG